UACAAUGGAAGUUUAUAAGGCUAAAAUCAUCACAGUUGCAGCUGUAAUCUUCCUAAUUAUCGUGAUUGUAAUUGCCCGAAUCUUAUUAAAACUCUCCAAAGGUUUCUUCCUUGUUGCUGGAGCUGAUUUUGCAGCAAUCUUUGCAGUCUUCACAUGGCUUUAUCUUCAAUACCGUAAUGAUCGUCAGAGGAGAUUGAUUGAAUGUAAUUCAAUUGAUUCAGAUGGAAAAGAACUUCGUAUGGAAUACAGUUUCCUUAGAAAGGUAGCCGGUGUUCCAACGAAGAUUCGGUACAAAGAACUCGAAGCCGCAACGGAUAACUUCCAAUCGUUGAUCGGGCAAGGUGCAUCUGCUUCUGUUUACAAAGGAAAACUUGAUGAUGGUACUCUUGUUGCUGUAAAAAGGAUUACAGCAGAGCAACAUGGGGAGAAGGAAUUCCAAGCUGAGGUCGCGGCGAUUGCUAGCGUACAACAUAUCAAUCUUGUGAGACUUCUUGGUUACUGUUGUGUUGUUGGAGGACCAAGAUUCCUUGUCUAUGAAUUCAUUCACAAUGGGUCUUUAGAUGCUUGGAUUUUCCCACAUGGAGGAAAACACAGUGGUUUUCGUGGAUGUUUGGGAUGGGAAUUGAGGUAUGGUGUUGCAAUUAAUGUUGCUAAGGCACUUGCAUACCUUCAUAACGAUUGCAGAUCAAAGAUAUUACACCUUGAUGUCAAACCAGAAAAUAUACUUCUGGAUGAGAAUUUCAGAGCAAUUGUCACAGAUUUCGGAUUAUCAAAAUUGAUUGGGAAAGAUGAAAGCAGAGUUAUUACAACGGUUCGAGGUACUAGGGGUUAUUUGGCUCCUGAAUGGCUCUUACAACGUGGUGUUUCUGAGAAAUGUGAUAUCUUUAGUUAUGGUAUGGUGGUGUUAGAGAUCAUAGGGGGAAGAAGAAAUGUGAGGUUGAUGGAAGAUGAUGAAGAAAGGUAUUGGUCAUAUUUUCCUAGGAUUGUGUCAGAGAAGGAAAGACAAGGGAAGCUUAUGGAGAUUGUUGAUGAGAGAUUAACGGAAAAUGGAGGAAUUGAUGAGAAGGAAGUUAAGCUCUUGGUUCAUGUGGCUCUGUGGUGCAUUCAAGAAGACCCAAAGCUUAGGCCUAACAUGGCCUCUGUAGUUGAGAUGCUUGAAGGUCGUGUGGUUGUGGACCAACCUCCUGAAACUGAAAUGAUCAUUGUUGAUCUUUUGUCCAUAAAACAACAUGAUAGAAAAAAGAAUGCCCCACUAACAACAACCCCUUCUGCAUCAAACGCCACGCUUAGUGUGUCGAUUCUAUCCGGUCGGUAG